AUGGUGGAAAUUCAGGGCUGCUUGAGUAGAAAUGACAAUGAACGACAGAAAUUUGCUGACUCCAUUGCAAGGAAGUUUCAAGCAAAGGAGAAAGCAAAGGCCAAUACUGAAUGUGAUCAAUCUCGACCCGCUCAAGGCGAGUCAAGUAGAAGAAAUGAUGGCGUGUCAACUGGAACUAGAUCCAGGCGAGCUCCAAGCACCGACGAUAAUCCUAGGCCAACCAAGAGAGGUGGAGGUCGAAGCGGUAAUGAUCGUGGAGGUCUAAGUGGUGGUGGCCAUAGUAGGCUAGCCUAUGUUGAUCAAGGAGGUCGUGGCAGCGGUAAUGAACGUGGUGGUAGAUCAAGUGGAGGCGAUCGUGGUGGUCGCGGCUAUCCUUCUUUCUUCAACAUGGUUCUCGGUCAAGAAAUGAGUCAGACCGAUCCUUGA